UUACGAGUACGGAGGGAGUACUUUACACCAGUAUCAUCAGGCAGACAAGAUCUGGUGCCACAACACUAGAUUAGCUAGUGCCCUCUGAUGCCCAGAAAAGCCACCACUGUUAAUCCAAUCAGGCAGAGUAGAGCCCCAUCACCCUAGUGAUCAUAAUUCACAAAUGUGCUUUGCUUGCUACUAGUUGUAGUGAUUAGCAUUCUGACCUUUGCAUGCCCAAAAGCCCCUGCCUCCAUUAGCUCCCUGCUUUCAGUCUUACUCUCACUUCACCACCCAGUAAUUACUGCUUAAAUCUGUUUGCCUUCACUGUUGCUGUUUAUUAGUGCCUAUAUAUACUUGCUCAGCCUCAGCUCAUCAAAGACUUACCAAUUACUACAGACUUCAAGAAGUUACAGUCUUUGUGUUCCAAAGAACAAGAGGGAUUUUUGCUUAGGAAGGAAAGGAAAUAGAAUCACAGAUUGGUUAGGAAUUAAGCAGAGAGGUUUAGUUCAGUGUUGUGAGGUGAAGAAAGAAGAGAAUGCAGGAAGGUUACGUGUACUCGAGGAGGGCGAUGCUGCUGGCUCCGGCGUACGGACACGGGGAUAGCUCCGCCGCCGCCGCCGCGGCCGGGGCGAGCCAGGUGAUUGCCGGACAGGAGGCGCCGGCCGGCGGCGACGUCGUGGCGGGGCCCGCCGGGACGAGCAGCUUCGACGCGAACGUGGUGAUGAUCCUGGCCGUGCUCCUGUGCGCGCUCAUCUGCGCGCUGGGGCUCAACUCGAUCGUGCGGUGCGCGCUCCGGUGCUCGAGCGGCGGCCGGAUGAUGAUGUCUUCGUCGUCGUCGGCGGCGGCGGGAGAUGACGGCGAGCUGGGUCCGUCGGCGGCGGCGCAGGCCGCCGGGGUGCGGCGGAAGGCGCUGCGGGCGAUGCCGACGAUGGUGUACUCGGCGGCGGGCGGGCCGAGCCCGGCGUGCGCCAUCUGCCUCGCCGACCUGGAGCCCGGCGAGCGCGUGCGCGUGCUGCCCAAGUGCAACCACGGCUUCCACGUCCGCUGCGUCGACCGCUGGCUCCUCGCGCGCUCCACCUGCCCGACGUGCCGGCAGCCGCUGUUCGCCACGCCGCCGGUCCGGCCGUUCCUCGCGCCUCUCCGGCCGGAAGGCUUCGUCACGCCGUACGAUUUUUAAACUAGACAAUAAUUAUUGGCUGCAUUAUUAUUAUGCAGGUUAGUUUUGUGGUGUUUGGCGUAAUUGUAGAUAAACAAGAUUUGUAUUAGAGGCGAACUUGUGAGUUACUUGCUUCUCUGGGUGUUCGGUCCAUCGAAUGGGUUAUUCGAGUCUUCUCAUUUCAACU